GAUAUUUGUGUGGAAACCUGUUUGAAUAAACAACAACGUGCCUUGUGAUAACCUCAAUUAAUUAUUAUACCUCAAAUAAAAACCAAUAAAUAUUUCUAAUAAUUAAUAGAAAUUAAGUAAACAUUUAAAAAAAAUGGAUGUACAACCAUUACGUUUUCGAAUAAACAUUGAUUUAUCAAGAUACUUUAAUGAUACAAGAAAAUUAAGUUACAUUCAUAUUGACAAAACAAAAAUAAAACGUAUUGUUGAUUUAGAAAAAUACAUUGCAAAAAUGUUUCCAAUACAUGGAAUAUUUCAUUUAAUUUUAAAUGGUAAUGCUUAUUUACCACCAAAUGAAGAUGUUGUUAUUAUUCAACCAAAUGAAUUAAUCACAGUUACACCAGGAUCAGUUGUAUUAGGAUCAAUAUCAGCAGUACCAGAUAUGAAAACAAUGUUUGAUGAAAUUGCUGCACAAUCACCAGAAAAAAUGUUAUGGGCAGUAAAUAAUAAAACAAAAAAAGUAGUUGGUGAUAUUUAUUUAUGUAGUCCACCAAAUGAUAGAUCAAAUGAAAUAUGUAAUGGUAUAUUUAUACAACAAAUAUCAAUUAAUGGUGAAGAAUUACCAAUUAAAAGACAAUUAAAAAAAGGAUUUUCACCUGGAUCAUCAUUACAAAUACAUGGCUAUGUACAACAAAGUGUUGAACGUCUUGUUUUUAAUUUAUAUGAUGAUACUAAAAAUGAAAAUGGCAAUAAACCAAUAUUGUUACAUUUUAAUCCAAGAUUUUCACAACAUCAUAUUGUCAGAAAUACAUUUAAACAAAAUGCAUGGGGUGAUAGCGAAAUAUCUGGUGGUUUUCCAUUAAAACCUGGUACUAAUUUCUUUUUAAGAAUUCAUUGUGAAGAAAAAGGUUAUCGUAUAUUUAUUGAUGGAAAAGAAUUUACAUUUUAUACACAUAGAUUAUCACCACUUAAUAUUACUCAUUUGUCAUUAAGAGGAGCUAUGAAUUUGUAUUCAAUAUUAUAUAAAACAGUUGAAUAAUAAUAUUCAAAGUAUU